CAUAUGCCGUGUGCUUGAGAUCUCGACGUAUCGCAGGAAUGUGCACUUCUUUGUCCGAUUAGAGAUCCCUAUCCCACUUAUCGCAGCUCAGUGUUUUGCUAGAAAAGAUGAUGCGUAAAGUCGCGCUCCUCGCCGGUGUCGCAUCGGGAUUGAAUUUGCGGCAGAAGUUCGAUCCGUCGGUACCACUUGUUGAUUUUGGUCUGUAAACUGUGUUGGUAAAUGCUGCAAAUUGUGGUCUCACGCAAGCAUCCUUCCUUCGUGUGUGUAGUGCAUUUGCAUGCUAUUUACCAACUCGACAGGUGAAGUUUUCCGAUAAAGAGGUUUUUGGCCGCUCCGCGGGCGGGGUAGCGGACUAAGCAUUGUAAAUAUGUCUAGGUUUGGAAACAUGCAAUCUUAUGCACACAAAAUCAUGCAAAAUGAAAAUUUAAAUUUUUUGUUGCAUGAGCGCCGAUGGUUCAUCGCUAUUUCUUGCUGGGCAGAUAGCCGAGUUCGCAUGUGGGGUAGGCAGCAAGAGGCAUGAGCGAAACUUGUAAAAAGGUUUUACAAUAAACGUUCCAGACGCUCUGGAUCUAAGUGGUGAUCUAAAAAUAUGCACGGCCUUGUCGUUCAGACCUAGACAUAUUUGCAGUCAAUACGAGCACGUGCAUCGCCAUUCCGCCGGAGACAGUAGCGUCCAAGACCGAACCGCGGAUCGAGGUGUGUGGGACGAGUACUUACUAUUUCCAUUGUUUAUGAGGGCCGCCGGGUUGCAAUGAAUUUUGUUCGCAUAACGGAUGAAGAGGAUGAAAGAGCGACAGCUAGUGUGUGUGAUACAGAGCGCUGGUUGAUCCUUUUGCCCUUUCAACGCAUGGUGCAUACAUGAAUACUAAGGACGCAUUUGAUUUUACACCAGGUAUGAAGGCCAUUGUCUACCUGCUGAAUGAUUGCGAAGACUACAAAACGGUCGAAAUCGGGGCCUGUGACACCUCUAAGCCCCCGGACACGUGCGAGAGCUUGCUGCCCGGCGCCGAAGGUGCCCCGGCGGGUUUCGAAAACUUCCAGUCCUACAAGAUCGUUCCGUGCGAUGGCGAUGAGGCCGUGUAAGGAAACCACUCCGCGAGGCGGACUAACUUACCACCGUCGGCAUACGUGAUUCAUUCGAGAAGUUUUAGUGCACAUCAAUCAAAAUCAUGAGCUACAGCUACUUGUUUUUCACAAAUCUUGUACGAUUUAAUUGUUUCACUUUCGCAUCUUCCUUUCUACAGCACGAAGUGAUUAGCUGCGACUGCACAGUAGAAAUCUCUCGAGAGCACAGGCUUGCGUCGUUUGUUGAAAUUGGCACCUAAGUUGCGGAGAAGAAAAAGACCAUCGCUGUCGUGGAGUCCUUUUUGCAUGACAAGUCGUUUCUUGAUACCGGUGCAUUGUCUCGCGGCGCGAGAACAUUCUUGGUUUCGCCUGAAAAGUGCUGUGGUGGUCUGAUUCCUGCUGCAAUUGCUCUCGCACAAAUGAUGUGAAAAGGGAUACUUCAGCGAAAGCGAUGUGUUUUUUCUUUGCAUACAAUUUGAAGCAGAUAGUUUGGCACCAUUUUUUUAAAUAAUUGUGUUUGGCGUUUUCGUUGGUAGGCAAAAUCAUUGUAUAAUAGUUUGGCGAAGCCGAAGUAGCAAACAUGUUUGUGCCCAGGGAGAGAGAGUCUGCGCGCGGUCGCGUAUCAUGUGGAAAGGGAAGCGACAGUAAGUGGUGA